AUGGCUGAUCUGUUCCAGAAAUCAAUAUGGGUAGCAAAGCUGGUUCUGGUUUGUGUAGGGUUUGUCACCAUUCUUAUUUUCUUCAAAGUGGCAUUAUUUCCUUACACAUUCAACCUUCUACUCUCCACUCUGCCUCCUCUCUGGAUCUCUCUACGCUCUUGGCUUUCUCCUCUUUACAUCUAUAUAAUCCUCAACUUCAUCAUCAUCGUCAUUGCAGUUUCUUCCACACAAUCCAAAUCUAAUUCCCUCGAUAAUUUCAAGAACAACGACACUACCAAUCCCUCAUGGCAGGACAUCCAAGAAUAUCAGCAAGAACAAGAAUUGAAUCCCAAUUUCUCCAUGGAUGAAAAAUCCACCGACAACCCAUUGAAGGAAACGUACGAUUCAAGCCAAAACAAGCCGGAAAAUAUCACCGGAGAAGCAGAGGAAGAGGUGGAGGAGACACCGGACACGCUUGAGGACACUUGGAGGCUGAUCAUGGAGGGGAAAGGAAAGACAGCGAAACCAGAGCUUAAGAAGAGUGGCACAUGGGACACGCCGCCGAGGGUGAUGGUCUCGAAGGAUGAGGAGGACGAUGUCGAUGGUGACGAUGGUAAUGAUCCGGUGGCUUGGGCUCGGCGGGAGAUGCGGAAGUCGGACACUUUCAAUGACAGGGUAACAUUGAUAAAGAGAGAAAUUGUUCAGAAGUCCAUGAAUCAUGACGAGUUGACCCAGCGAGUUGAAGCCUUCAUUAACAACUUCAACAAGGAUAUGAGGUUGCAGAGGCAGGAAUCUGAACAGCUUUUCAGGGAGAUCAUUAGCAGAGUGGAUGACUUGAGCGUUCGCCUGCCCAGUUUGACGGGUUUGUUGAAAUUACCAAAUCAAAUAUCUGAUUUGGUGGCCUCUCAUCACUCAUGGAGGGAAAUUUUGGGGACAUUAAGAGUGUGUUUGGAUUGA